GCUGAAAGAUGAGAUAGCAGAAGUGACGAACGAGAUCGAGAACCUGGGGUCCACGGAGGAGAGGAAAAAUAUGCAGAGGAACAAGCAGGUGGCCAUGGGCAGGAAGAAGUUCAACAUGGAUCCCAAGAAGGGCAUCCAGUUCCUGAUCGAAAACGACCUGCUGAAGAACACGUGUGAGGAUAUCGCUCAGUUCCUUUACAAGGGAGAGGGCCUCAACAAGACAGCCAUCGGUGACUACCUGGGUGAGAGGGACGAGUUCAACAUCCAAGUCCUGCAUGCCUUCGUGGAGCUGCAUGAGUUCACUGACCUCAACCUCGUGCAGGCUCUGCGGCAGUUCCUGUGGAGCUUCCGGCUGCCCGGGGAGGCGCAGAAGAUCGACCGGAUGAUGGAGGCCUUUGCCCAGCGGUACUGCCAGUGCAACCCUGGCGUCUUCCAGUCCACAGACACCUGCUACGUGCUCUCCUUCGCUAUCAUCAUGCUGAACACCAGCCUGCACAACCCCAACGUCAAGGACAAACCCACAGCGGAGCGCUUCAUCGCCAUGAACCGUGGCAUCAACGAUGGGGGGGACCUACCUGAGGAGCUGCUUCGGAAUCUCUAUGAGAGCAUCAAGAACGAACCCUUCAAAAUCCCUGAGGACGAUGGCAAUGACCUCACCCACACCUUCUUCAACCCCGACCGGGAGGGCUGGCUCCUGAAGCUAGGUGAGUGCUGGCAGCAGGGCAGAUGUGGCCAAGGGAGGAGCUGGGCCGUGGGUGUUCAGCAUGGAGCUAAAGCCUUUGCUUGGCCCCACCAGGAUAAAGAGCCCCGUGGCAUCAUCCCCCUGGAGAACCUGAGCAUCCGCGAGGUGGAGGACUCGAAGAAGCCCAACUGCUUUGAGCUCUACAUCCCUGACAACAAGGACCAGGUGAUCAAGGCCUGCAAGACGGAGGCGGAUGGGCGGGUGGUGGAGGGGAACCACACGGUGUACCGCAUCUCCGCCCCCACGCCUGAGGAGAAGGAGGAGUGGAUCAAGUGCAUCAAGGCAGCAAUCAGCCGGGACCCUUUCUACGAGAUGCUGGCUGCCAGGAAGAAGAAGGUGUCCUCCACCAAAAGACACUAGCAGCCUCCACUGGCCCUGCGAGGCUGGCCCUGGCAGCCCGAGCGUCUCUCCUCCCCAGAGGGCUGCGGGGCUGGGGCUGCGCUGCAGCCUGAUCCUCGGGGCCCAGGACCCAGCUUCAGCUUCGCAGUUUCUUUACCAUGGGGCGAGGAAGGGGGCACAGGCGUCUCGGUGGCUCUGCCCCCCCACAUCACUGCCUCAUCUCCAGGACAGCAUCCUCACAGGCUGGAGCUGGGACAGCAACACCCCUGCACGCAGGGAGCCCCAUCCUGUCCCAGGCUCGGCUGCAGGAGGGGGAGUGCCGUGUGUGAGUACUGUCCUCCCCUUCUGCCUCAGCCAGCCAGGGCUGGGCAGUGGGGCACCAUGGACGCCCUUCCUGCUCCCGAUCCCCCCAGCAAGCAUGCAGCCACUUAUGCUGCUGGGUUCCCCCCAGCACUCGUGUCCUGAAGCACUUGGGGUGUCCUGUCAGGUCACCAGCUGACAGCAGCUGGCAGUUUCGGGGUGCUGCAGGCACUGGGGUGAAGGGCGGCAGCCCCAGGGCGGCUGGGGGGUGGCCCCGCAGAGGCACGGCUCCUGGCCCCCUUUGUAGCGGGCCUGGGUCU